AUGAAAAAGCGAGUAGCCAGAAGAAAUUGCUCGAAACCAUUAUGGUUGUCGAUACUUGUCGGGAUUUUAGCUGUUUAUGCAGCAUACUAUAAAUGGGAAUACAUCUUGGGGACAUCAGUUCACAGACUAGAUGACGAAGAAAUCAAUCUACUCAAAAAGGCUUUGCUUGAGCAGAUCAAUCUUACUACCGUUGAACUAGAUGAUACCGUGCUAAAUUUGGCUUUAGAACAUUUCCAGCUGAAAGAAAAUCCGAACAAUCGUGUUAUUAUCAAAGACGGUAUAGAUUUUCUCCAACAGGCAGAGAAAAAGGGUGCAUACAAGGCUAUUUUCAUCGACACAUGCUACAGCGAUCUUCGCCCGUUGUGGUGCCCAGUUGAGGGAUUUUUGGAAUCUGGCACAAUUGAAAAGAUCGCACACGCUCUUGAUGACGAAGGAGUUCUUUCCGUCAAUUUUGUCACCAUAUCCAAGAAAUGGAAAGAAGUAAAAGAGUAUCUCAUCGAGCCGUUCCAAAAACAUUUUAAAUCAUGCUUCUUUGUACAGAUAGUUCAACCAGCUCAUUCAAUCGCAGAGCAACAGGUGCACACUUGCACAAUUUAUUAG